GGCUCAGGGGCGGGGCUCGAGCCGAAGCGGAAGUGGUGACCGGAGCGGAAGUGGAGCCGCCGCCACCGCCGCCGCCGAUUCCGGAGCCGGGGUAGCUGCUGCCGCCGCCGCCACUGCAGCUGCCGCCGCUGCCGCCAGAGGAGUGGGCUUGGGAAAGAAGCGGUCACCGCGCCGGGAGCUCCGCUCGCAAGCUUUUUUGCCCCCUGCAGCCCUCCCACGGGAAUGACCAUGGAUAAAAGUGAGCUGGUACAGAAAGCCAAACUCGCCGAGCAGGCUGAGCGCUAUGAUGACAUGGCCGCGGCCAUGAAGGCAGUCACGGAGCAGGGGCACGAACUCUCCAACGAGGAGAGAAACCUGCUCUCCGUCGCCUACAAGAACGUAGUCGGUGCCCGCCGUUCUUCCUGGCGUGUCAUCUCCAGCAUCGAGCAGAAAACAGAGAGGAACGAGAAGAAGCAGCAGAUGGGCAAAGAGUACCGUGAGAAGAUCGAGGCAGAGCUGCAGGACAUCUGUAACGAUGUUCUGGAGCUGUUGGACAAAUACCUAAUUCCCAAUGCUACACAACCAGAAAGUAAGGUGUUCUACUUGAAAAUGAAAGGAGAUUAUUUUAGAUAUCUUUCUGAGGUGGCGUCUGGAGACAAUAAACAAACCACUGUGUCGAACUCCCAGCAGGCCUACCAGGAAGCAUUUGAAAUUAGUAAGAAAGAAAUGCAGCCUACACACCCAAUUCGACUGGGCCUGGCACUUAAUUUCUCCGUCUUUUACUAUGAGAUUCUAAACUCUCCUGAAAAGGCUUGCAGCCUGGCAAAAACGGCAUUUGAUGAAGCAAUUGCUGAAUUGGACACCCUGAAUGAAGAGUCCUACAAAGACAGCACCCUGAUCAUGCAGUUGCUCAGGGACAAUCUCACUCUGUGGACGUCGGAAAACCAGGGAGAUGAAGGCGAUACUGGGGAGGGAGAGAACUAAUGUCUGUCGUGCUGCGUGAUCUCUUCAGUGUCACUCUGUACCCUCCACAUAUACCCCUUUGUGCGAUAAAAAAAAAAAAAAGAA